UCAUCUACACAGAUCUGUGUUUGCCAUACUAGAUCGUAUAGCAGUGUUUGCUUUCUGAAGUCAAAAUACGUGUACGCAUUUGACAAAUCUGCCUUUAAGUUUAAUCAUCAACACAGAUUGUUCAGAACAUCUGCUAUUUCAAAGGGCCAAAUUGUCCAAUUUAAGCUUUCUGAUAUUGGAGAAGGGAUUACAGAGGUAACUGUGAAAGAAUGGUAUGUAAAAGAAGGUGAUAGCGUAUCUCAGUUUGAUAGCAUCUGUGAAGUACAAAGUGACAAAGCUUCAGUUACUAUCACCAGUCGUUAUGAUGGAAUUAUUAGAAAACUCUAUUAUAAUCUAGAUGAAAUUGCUUAUGUUGGAAAACCAUUAGUGGACAUAGAAACUGAUGUCUUAAAAGAUGUAGCCCCAGAAGAGGAUGUUGUUGAAACACCUGCUGUAUCUCAUGAAGAACACACACAUCAAGAAAUAAAGGGACAUAAAACCCUAGCAACCCCUGCAGUUCGCCGUCUUGCCAUGGAAAAUAAUAUUAAACUGAGUGAAGUUGUUGGAACAGGGAAAGAUAACCGAAUCCUUAAAGAAGACAUUCUCAAUUAUUUGGCCAAGCAGACAGGAGCUAUUUUACCUCCAUCGCCAAAAUCUGAGAUUAUCCCACCAUUACCAAAAUUAGAGACUGCACCAGCUGCUCCAAAGGAUAAAGCGCACAGAAUUCCUGUACCUAUUUCAAAACCCACUGUGUUUACAGGAAAAGAUAAAACUGAGCCCAUAACAGGAUUUCACAAGGCGAUGGUGAAGACCAUGAGUGCUGCUUUGAAGAUUCCUCACUUUGGUUAUUGUGAUGAGAUUGAGUUGAAUCAGCUUGUGCAGUUGAGAGAAGAGUUGAAACCUCUAGCACAAGCUCGUGGAGUUAAACUCUCCUUUAUGCCUUUCUUCUUAAAGGCAGCUUCUCUGGCCUUAUUGCAUUAUCCUGUUCUUAACACUUCUGUGGAUGAAAACUGUCAAAAUAUCACGUACAAGGCUUCUCACAAUAUUGGAAUUGCUAUGGACACAGAACAAGGCUUGAUUGUUCCUAAUGUGAAAAGUGUGCAGGUCCGUAGUGUGUUUGAGAUUGCCUCUGAAUUAAAUCGCCUACAGUCCUUGGGUUCUUCAGGCCAACUGGGAACAAAUGACCUCACUGGGGGAACAUUCACUCUCUCAAAUAUUGGCACAAUUGGCGGUACUUAUGCCAAACCAGUGAUACUACCUCCUGAAGUCGCUAUUGGAGCUCUUGGGAAGAUACAGGCCCUGCCUCGAUUUAAUGGGAAAGGUGAAGUAUUUAAAGCACAGAUAAUGAACGUGAGCUGGUCGGCUGAUCAUCGUAUUAUUGAUGGAGCUACAAUGGCCCGUUUUUCUAAUUUAUGGAAAUCCUAUUUGGAGAACCCUGCUUCCAUGCUGCUAGAUCUUAAAUAAAGAAAACUAAUGACAUAAUGUGUCUUUAAACUUUGGGGAUUGAAAUGAACAUUAUCAGAGCCUAGCAAUGCUAGCACAUGUCCUUUGCUACUUCUCAUACUAUGUGAUUAUGUUACAUGGUUGAAAGGUUUCAAACACCUAUGUCAAUCUAUCAGUAACCUGUUACAUACUUUUUAAUCUAAUUGAGUAGUGCUGCAAGUUACUCUACAUCAGACUGUCAAACUGAAUAGGUCUUGGUGUGCCUUUUAAAUAUGGUGGUGGGAAGUUAUGAAUGUCAACUCUGAUUCUAUGUGCUGACUUGUGCUGAACUGACAUUAUCAACUGACAAUUUUCUAUACAUCUGCAGUACUUUUAAACUGCAUAGAAAGGAAAUAGUUACAAUUAUUCCUGGGUAGAUAUGAGUUUAUUUUAACAAAGUGAAAGGAGUGUCACCAAGUUCCUAAAUGAAAUUAUGCAAAAAUGAAUGUGCAAAUAAAAUGCCUUUAUGCUCCCAUUUAGAUGUCCAAUAAACUUUUUUUAAUGGUG